UGGAGGGCGGGGAGCGAAGCGCUGCGGGGAUGGAGGAGAGGGAGCGGCUGUGGCGGCAGAUCCGGCUGCUGCAGGGUCUCAUAAAUGAUCAUAAAAACACGCACGGGGACAUGCCACGGCCUCUGCCAUCCACACCACCGAGGUGGAACAACCCCCGCCAGCCUGCCUUCGGCAGGAGGGGGGCAUUUUCAGCCAGGUACCCCCAGCAGGCUCCUAGGGAUUUCCAGCUGCGCCAGGGUCACUCCUGGAGGAAAAAAUAUUCCCUUGUCAACCGGCCACCGGGAUGGGCGUGUGACGUUGGAAGCGGUGGGAGUGCCAGCACAUCUCAGGCUUUUGGAAGUCAUGGGGACGGCCCGGCACCCGAGCCAUCGGAAUCGUCCCCAGAGAGACAUGUGGACUUGACCACAGAUGGUAAUAUAGUUGUAGGGAUCCAGCUGCCACAGAGGGCCGGCCCGUUUGCGGAUACGAAAGGUUUUGCUGAUGUGGGUUCUUACUGUGAGUUAUCUGGGCUGAAAACGGUGGUCACUGUGCCGGGUGACAGUAAAGGCGCGCAGAAAUCUCCAUACGCAUGCCGAAAUGAAGAGAGAAGACCUUCUCUCUCGGUUUCAUUUAGUUCAUCUCACCGGUUUGUGAGUUCAGUGUACGGGAACGUGUCGGAUAAGCCUAGAAUGGUGCAUCUGGCCAGCGACGUGGCCGGCAGCUCCCCCGCCUCUUGCGGAAGCACCAGUGAAAGCGCCGUGACGCUGAAAUCGGAGCCGCAGGAGCCUUCGGUGUUGCCAGAUCGCGAGCUGGCUCAGCACUUGGUACAGAGGAAGGCAGAACCGCUCGCCCCGGGGCAGUCUAGUUGUGAGCAAGUCAGGGAUGCUUUCAGAGAGCCAGAGCAACUUGGAAAUGGUGAGAUGCGCUCCAGACCUGCUCAGGCUGCGACUUUGGUGGGUGGGAUGACUCCAGGGAAGAGCAAGUUUUCCGUCGUCCCCAAAGCUGCUGGUCUCCAAAGAGCUGCCUCAACAUCCGUCUCCAGCAAAGUGUCAAAAUUCAGGAAAACUAAUUACACGUGGGUCGCAAACCCUGGUAAAUGCUCUCGUCCUGUGAAGAGAUGGGUCAGCCCAAGAGCUUCUGAAAGUGCUAAGAAGGUCGCUGGUGGAGCAGAGAGAGGUCCUAAACUAUCACCAAAAGCAGACUUGGGAGCAAAGCUGAAGAAAUCAGGACUGCAAUCCAAACUGGGUGUUUCUCCCAGCAAGUAUAAGUGGAAAGCCUCCAGCCUGCAGACCUCACCCUCCACCUCCAAGUCAGCGUUCAGGUGGCAAUCUGAGGAUCAGAAAAAACCUACAGCCUUCAACCACCCUCGAGCUGGUGCAGCCCCACCUCCUCUGAGCGCCGGGUCUGUUGGUCUUGGCGGGGUGAAGCCCUCCUUCGGCGAUGUUGCGCUGUCCAGUUAUAAAGUGAAGAGCAGGACAAAAAUCAUCAAGAGAAAAGGAAGCUCGGGUUCCCCGCCGGAUAAGAAGAACGGCUCCUCACCCACCACCCUUCUGAAAAGCCACUUCCAUCUCAGGAAGAAAAACUCUUCACGGGGGAAGCCUUCCACGCCGCUGAAACGUUCCUCGCCCAAGGGUCUGGUGCAGAUCACCAAGCACCGGCUCUGCAGGCUGCCGGCCACCAGGAUGCAAGUCUCCACCAAAGAAGGAGCCAACUUGCACUUCCUAAGGAGCCCCCCGGCCAACAAGGUGAUAAAGACGCGCUACAGGAUAGUGAAGAAGAACGUGGCGUCUCCAGCCUUAUCAUCCUUCAGCAGCCCCAGUCCCAACUGGAAGACGAGGCGCCCCGUGACAUCCAGAUCCCCGCUCUUAAACCAAACGCGCCCGUCGCCUCAAGGCGGCAAGUCCCAGCACGUGCAACAGAGAUGGAGGAACAAGGGCUAUCGCUGCAUCGGCGGGGUGAUGUACCGAGUGUCGGCGAAUAAACUCUCCAAGACGUCCAACACCCUUGGCCGGGGCAAAGACCUGAGCACCAAAAGCCCCGGCAGAGCAGUGAGGUUGCACUGUACGCCCAGUCCCGGCUUCUCUCCGUCCGGCUGCCUGAACAGAUCAGCUACGAGCCGAUACAUCGCCAGCCGCGCUGUUCAGCGGAGUUUGGCCAUCAUUCGUCAAGCCAAGCAGAAGAAAAAGAAGAAGGAAUACUGUAUGUACUACAACCGCUUCGGGAAGUGUAAUCGCGGGGAGAGCUGUCCCUACAUCCAUGAUCCAGAGAAGGUGGCUGUCUGUACCAGGUUUCUCCGGGGCACGUGCAAGAAGACGGAUGGGACCUGUUCGUUUUCCCACAAGGUGUCCAAAGACAAGAUGCCGGUGUGCUCCUACUUCUUGAAGGGGAUCUGCAGCAACAGCAACUGCCCCUACAGCCACGUCUACGUGUCCAGGAAGGCAGAAGUGUGCCAAGAUUUCCUCAAAGGCUAUUGCCCCAUGGGAGAAAAGUGCAAGAAGAAGCACACGCUGGUUUGCCCCGACUUUGCCAAGAAAGGCGUUUGCCCCAGGGGCGCCCGGUGCAAGCUGCUCCACCCGCAGAAGAAGCGCCACCCAAGAGAGGCAGAAGACGGGGACCGCGGCGACCUCCCCUCCAAGUGGAGACGGGUCUGGGAGGAGACGGGCAGGAAUGAUCCAGCUCAGCUCCACGAUGAUAGGGAAACGCCCGGACCCUCCGGUGCGGAGCAAGAGGUGAAGUUUUGGAAAGAGGCGGGCACCUCGCCAACCAGCUAUCUGCAAAAGCUGCCGUCCUUCAUCUCCCUCCAGUCCUCAGCAUCCCCCGGCGACCCGGGCUGCAAAGUGGAGAAGGACGAGGACGAGCCGGAGGACGAGCCAGGCGGCCCCAAAUGGAAGAGGAAUUUGCUGCCGGCGUCCUCGCGGGACUCCGAAAACACCCGCCUGGAGGAGGGUGGCAGAGGAAAAAAGCUGCAAAUCAAACCCCGGCUGUGAGCGAGACCCCCAAUCCGUGACAGCCGACCAGCUCAGGAACCGCAGAGCCGGGCGCGACCUGGCCCCUACCUCAGGACGCCGCGGCCAAACGCGGCCCCCGUGGCCAAACGUGGUCCCCCCCGCCUCCACCCGCCCCCCCCCCACCCCCCACCCCAGCUCCUCAUCUUGCUUUUCCAGAACAUCAUUUUGGCAAGGAAGCCGGGUGGGGGAAACGCGCCCCCCCUGUUCCUGCAGGGAAGCAGCUUCGUUUGAAAUAUUUUAACUGGCCGAUGAAUUCUCUUUUCAGCCAGUUUAUCGAAGGCAAGCCCGGCCGCCCGGCUCGUGGUGGGGCUGGGGGGUUGGGGUGGGGGGGGUGGGGGGGGGUCCCAUCCCCAUCAAUCCUCCCGCGCAUCGCCGCUCUGCUGUCCUGGACACGAGGUGACACGGGGACCCUUGAGGAGCUUCAUGCCGUCGCCCGACGUGCUCGCAGCCAAGUCAGCCGCUAUAUUGGGGGCAAGGCACCGUGUCGGGGGGUGGAAAGCGUGCCUCAGCCCCCGUCGCCCCGGGGCCAAGAGGCCACCUGCAUCCCCCCCCCCCCAGCUCCAUCCCCUUGGUUUGGGGAGGAUUUCUCAGAGUGGAGCCACGUGCAGAGAGUGGAAACGGCGGUUGGGAGCAGCUUUGAGCUCCCACCAAACGCUCCUGCGGCACACCGGCGUGGCCCGUUGCGCCCUGAACCCCCCACCUCUCCCCUCUUGCUCCCUCCUUUUUUUGGGGGGGGGGGACGGGACCCAAAUCAAUUCUUCGGGGGGUUUUUAGAGGUUGGGGGAGGCGGGGGUGUCACUCCAAAUCCAAACAGGAGCAAAGCCAGGUGACUCUCCUCCCGCCCCCCCCCCCCCACAGAGGGGUCUUGUCCCCUCUUGUCCCCGAGGGGUCGGGGGGCACCAGUUGGGGGGGGCGGCUGUGUCCCCAGUAUCCCCCCCCCCCCCCCCCCCCCCAACCAUCGCGAGGUCCCACCCCACCGCUACCCCUCAGAUCCCAGUGUGUGGCCAGCGAGCUGUUUUUUUUUAAUAAAAACUUCGCCGUCUCCCUUGAUAUUAAAUGUCUUUUAUUAACCUGUACGUUUUGAUAUGUAAAUAAAGCAUUUCUCCCCCCGGGAUGCCCGGUCA